CAGUUAUUCUUGGGUUGCUACUUAGCAUGUUUUACGCCCCCACAACAAGGGGGCCUCAGUUCUGGUUAAUAUAAAUUAGAAAUGAUUGUUCAAACCUUAAAUCAAAUCAAACAAAAUGUUACCGUUACUUUCCAGACGUUUAGCACAACGGUUUUUCCCGCACAGCAACCGACUUUUAACCACCUAUUUCUUCUCAACCACCAGUGACCACCGUGGCUCGAACCCAAGUCGACCAUCACCGCCACCUAUCCAGGUCCUGCUCACCGAGUCAGCGGGUCGUGGUGUGUUCGCAACUCGGAGUAUAGAACCGGGCGAGCUCAUCCAUACUGCCAAACCCUUUGUUUCUCACCCGUCUAUCUCAUCAAUUGAUAAAGUAUGUUACUUCUGUCUCAAGAAUAGUGUUAGACGUCUGGGGUUUCAGGCACCGGAAGUGUUGUUUUGCAGCGAAGAAUGUCGGGAGCAAGCGAAGGGCUUUUAUGAAGUUGAAAAGGAAGCUGACUGGUCAGCAUUUGUUGCUCACUGCAGAAACCGGGGUUUAAAAUAUCCGUUUCUUGCCAAACGAUUGGCCUGCAUGGUAAUAUCAGGAGUGACUUCUGAAGACAGUUUGGAUAUACUUCAGCCUGCACGCUUGUCUGCUGAAAUGAUAAUGCAAAUGGAAGAGGAGCUUUGUUUGCUGAGAGGCGCCUUAGAAGAUUCAGGCGUGAAAGAUGAACAGCUGACAUUUCUAAAUAUCGAAUGGUAUGCUGGGGUCCUGGCACGUAUACGUAUCAAUGCAUUCCGUAUUGAAUUGGCUGGAACUAGUUAUGACGAUUUACUUGCAUUAGCUGCUGCAUCAGUGGAAUCCGAAGCUGCUGUUGGCAAUGCUGUCUAUCUGCUUCCAUCUUUCUAUAAUCAUGACUGUGAUCCCAAUACACACAUAGUUUGGGUGGAAAAUGUGGAGGCAAGAUUGAAAGCUCUGAGAGAAAUUGAAGCAGGUGAAGAACUGAGGAUAUGUUACAUCGAUGCAAGCAUGGAUCGUGACGCUAGACAAAAUCUCUUGUCUAAUGGGUUUGGUUUUGAGUGUAACUGCCCUCGUUGUAUGUCGAAUGAUUGAUCUCUUCUUGCACUCAUUUCUUGAGUACACUUCUUGCUCAUUUGUGCACUUGGACCACAUUUGUAAUUGGCUCUUAAGAGAUUUUGAAUAAGAUGACUGUUUUUUUUUUUUGUU